ACCUAAGUAUUAUUAUCAAUCAAAAUGUUAAAAAACAAAAAGUACAUAUACGGACCUACAGAUAUUGAAGUGCCCUCACAUUUACAUCUCGGACACUAUAUGUUAGAUAGAUUGAUUGAAUUCAAGGAUGGAAAAAUCAUAAAUGGCCAAACCCACGAAAUGACAACCCUAGGACAGAUAGCUCAGCAGUCCAUGAAUCUGGCUGUCUCCCUCACACACAUGGGGGUUAGAAAGAGAGACGUGGUAGGGCUGUGCUCAGAGAAUCGCGUCGAGUUUUGGAGUUCUGUUAUAGGGACUAUACUGUCAGGAGCUAUAUUGACUACUAUCAAUAUGAAUUAUACGAAAGGUGAAAUGACCCACGUAUUAGGCAUAUCGAAGCCAAAAUUCAUCAUCAGCUCCGAAACCGCCUUCAAAACCCACGAAAAAACAUUCAAAUCUCUUCCUCACAUUAAAAAAAUCAUAGUCUACGGUGACAACCCUAAAGUGUCAUACAACGACUUGAUUUACAAGAAUAAUGUGGAAUUUGAUGAUUUCGUGGCCUCUGAUGUUAACGGCCAAGAAGAUUUGGCAUUCAUUUUAUACUCUUCGGGCACAACAGGGUUGCCAAAAGGAGUUAUGUUGACGCAUUUGAACUGCUUGAAUACUUUUUGCCAUCCCAGAGUGGAACCGCCAUUCGAACCUAUAGUGCUAACCGUGAACCCAUGGUUUCACGCCAUGGGCCUUAUGGCUGGGCUCCUGGGCUUCUCGCAGGGGAGGACCAUGGUGUUUCUGCCGAGGUUCGAGAUGGACCUGUAUCUGAGGACCAUUGAGAAAUAUAAGGUGACAGUAGCACAAGUGGUGCCCCCUAUAUUAGUGGCGUUAACGAAGACGGAUAUCAAAUACGAUGUCAGUUCAGUCAUGAUGGUUUUCUGCGGGGCUGCGCCUUUGGGGAGUGAAGUCAGCAAUGCCAUACAAAAAAUUUUCCCAAACGCCAUGCCAGUUCUCCAAGCCUACGGCAUGACGGAGUGCACCCUGGCCAUCACCAGAAACGUGAACAUCUUUCAAGCCAUGCCGGGGUGUGUGGGUGAAGCUACCUACACUGUUGUCAUUAAGGUCACAGACCUUGAAACCAAGGAGCCGCUAGGACCUAACAAGCCAGGGGAGGUCUGCGUAAAGGGCGGAGUGGUCAUGAAAGGAUACGUCGGCAAAGACCUGAAGGAGGAUUUUGAUGAUGAAGGUUUCUUCAGGACGGGAGACGUGGCGUAUUAUGAUGAUGAUGGGAACUUUUAUAUCGUGGAUCGGCUGAAGGAGCUCAUCAAGUAUAAAGGGUUUCAGGUGGCUCCAGCAGAAAUCGAGGCAGUACUAUUUCAGCAUCCAGCAGUUCGAGAUGCAGGUGUAGUGGGCGUGCCUGAUGCUCAAGCGGGGGAGGUGCCGCGCGCAUUCGUAGCGCUACAGCCCGGGGCUAAAGCUACAACCGAAGAGUUGCAGGCCUUCAUCGCCGAGAGACUCUCGAAGCCGAAACACCUGCGAGGCGGUGUACGAUUCGUGCCGGAUAUCCCCAAAAACCCGAGCGGCAAGAUCCUGCGCAAAGAGCUGCGCAAACUAGCACAGGAAAAGAGCAAACUUUAAGAGCAAUCGUA